UGAUGAAAAUAAAUUCAAAAAUUUAAAUAUCUAUUUUUUUUGCAUACUACGGUUGUUGGUUAAAAUGUCACAUUAAAAUGAUCCACGAGCACUACUACUUAUGUAGUUAUUUAUUAGCAGACACACGUCAGUAAACGGAUCGAUUCUUCACAUUCAAGAGAUCCGAUAUCCAGUCCCAGGCUCCGUGUGUUUGUCAGAGAAAAGUGAUGUGAAUAAAAUCUGUUGCCCUCUGACUUGAUGCUGCUUGUGCUCGUGUCAGUGUUUAAAUGUUGUAGGAGGAAUGAAUAAUAAUAAGUGAAUAUUUUCGUCCUCUCCGCAUUAUUCGUGAUUCAUGAGGUCGGUGUUUAUGUGGCGCGUAUGUCCGUUGUUCCAGUGCGCAUGCGCAAGCUCACCGGGACCCGCUGCAUCUUUAAGAAAACACGCGAACAUUUUUAGUAUGCGUGGUGAUCGUCAUGAGAGGACACGAAACACAGCCGUGAUCCGCUCCGGUUCGGAGGAUGUCCGGCGUCACAGCCGUGAAUAAAGUUAAGGUCAAGCGACAGAUUCGUGGCAUCGUGAAAGAUCUGGAGAACAUCUUAGGAGAUCUGAAGGAUGUAGCGAAGGAACUCAAAGAGGUGGUCCAUGAUAUCGACUGUCUGACAUCAGACCUUCAUCUGGAGGAGGAGACGAGGGACAGCUCAAAGACGGACACGCUCAACAGUAGUUCCAGCAGUAUGACCACCACCUCCAGCAUGGAGAGGAUCAAAGUUUACCCGGAGGAGAUGCUCCUCAGACCUUCAUCUGUGUCCUCUGCCAUUCUCACGGUUCUAAAGAGACCCAACCCGCCCCUGCCUCCGCCCUGCACCGCCCUGUCCAGAGGCGAGGAUCACGAAGACCCAUCCUCGGGGAUACUAAUGGCGGCAAAUGGGCCGCUGAUACGGAACGGCGCUUUCCCAGCCAUCACAUACAGCCGAGGCUCCUGUCACGGACCCAGAAUCGCAGGGCCGCCGGCGGCUCCGAGGCACGAGAAGAACCGCUGUCCUCAGACCACGAGGGAACGAGUCCGGUUCAGCGAGAAGGUCCAAUAUCACGGCUACUGUCCCGACUGUGACUUGCAGUGCGACGCGGACGACACGGAUUUGCACUUGCAUACAGAAGUGAUCGAUGUCAAACUGAGUCGGAGUCCUCAUCUGUGUACGCCACCGGCUCAGAUCCUGGCGGAGAACGGAAACCUCGCUUUCAGCCCGCUAACAGCCCGCGCCUCGCAAAAACCACACAAGACCAUCCUGCGCAAGUCCACCAGCACGACUGUCUGAUGUUUGUUGGAUCUGACCGAACGCUGUUUAGUUCUCUGCAGGUCCUUUUCAUUUGAGAGCUCCAUCCACUUCACCUGAAGAUGCUCAUGAGGUUUAAGAGGGAGGAUCAGGAGAAUCACAGAGGAGAACCGCUGCACCUCACAUGUCUGGAGAUGUUGAAUGGUCUUGUGAUGAGCAUCUUCAUCUCAUAAUGUGGUGUUCAGUGAGUCCAUAACAUCUAAGGCAGUGGAAAUCUCUUGGAAAAUCACAAAUCUCCACACGGAGAAACACAACAACAUUUCAUCUUAUAUUUGACUUAUUUGAGUUCUUCUAAGAUCAACAUUUAAAAGGAUUAAGUAACGUGAAGUCUGAGGGGUUGAAAGAGAUCUUAUAAUGUUGCUGCUAUCAACACAAACCAAACUUUACACAUACUGAUUUACAUCAAAACAUUUAUGAGAAGUAUAUAGUCUGAGAGAAAGUGUCAGAUGAUGUAUACAGUGCAAGAUGGUGUAUAUGAGAUGAUGUAUACAGUGUGACAUACAGUGUGAGAUGAUGUAUACAGUGUGAAAAGAGUGUGAGAUGAUGAAUACAGUGUGAGAUACAGUGUAACAUGAUCUAUACAGUGUGAGAUGCAGUGUGAGAUUAUGUAUACAGUAUGAGAUGACGUAUACAGUGUGAGAUACAGUGUGAUAUGAUGUAUGCAGUGUGACAAACAGUGUGAGAUGAUGUAUACAGUGUGACAAAGAGUGUGAGAUGAUGUAUACAGUGUGAGAUACAGUGUGACAUGAUGUAUACAGUGUGAGAUGACGUAUACAGUGUGACAAAGAGUGUGAGAUGAUGUAUACAGUGUGAGAUACAGUGUGACAUGAUGUAUACAGUGUGAAAAGAGUGUGAGAUGAUGAAUACAGUGUGAGAUACAGUGUAACAUGAUCUAUACAGUGUGAGAUGCAGUGUGAGAUGAUGUAUACAGUGUGAGAUGAUGUAUGCAGUGUGAGAUGACGUAUACAGUGUAAGAUACAGUGUAACAUGAUCUAUACAGU